CUGGGCAUCAGAGCUUGUGUCCACAUGGCAGCAGCUGCCUGGGGCACUGGGUUUCUCAAUGCUGUGUUGCACACAGCCAAUACAUUUUCCCUACCUCUCUGCCAAGGCAAUGCUGUGAGCCAGUUCUUCUGUGAAAUCCCCCACAUCCUCAAGCUCUCCUGCUCAGAUGCCUACCUCAGGGAAGUUGGACGACUUGUGGUUGUUUGUUUUCUUUUUUUGGGAUGUUUUGUUUUCAUUGUGGUGUCCUAUGUGCAGAUCUUCAGGGCUGUGCUGAGGAUCCCCUCUGAGCAGGGAUGCCAAAAAGCCUUCUCCACGUGCCUCCCUCACCUGGCUGUUGUCUCCCUGUUUGUCAGCACUGCCAUGUUUACCUACCUGAAGCCCCCCUCCAUCUCCUCCCCAUCCCUGGACCUGGUGCUGGCAGUUCUGUACUCGGUGGUGCCUCCAGCAGUGAACCCCCUCAUCUACAGCAUGAGGAACCAGGAGCUCAAGGAGGCCUUUAAGAAAGUGAUUUCAUGGAUGAUAUUCAACACAGAUAAAUUUUCCAUUGCUGUUCACAAAUGA